AUGUUGAUGCUGACAAGUCGAAAGGCAAUGCCGUUAGUCCGCUGGAACGGUUACAUUACAAUACACCAGUCUGUUGCGAGGUUGAUCGCAUCUGGAGAUCAGCCCAGCCCAAGCCCCUGUCACCAAGUGCACCUUGCGACCGAACCCCUCGUUGGCCACCAGGCAGCCUUUUAUGACCAGAACCUACGGCAAGUUUCCCCGGGACAGUGCUUCGAUGCAGCGAUUCAGGAUGGCACGAACACGGAUUUUAUGACAUUCAGCCACAAUCUGGCUGUAAGUGAGGAGAUGGUGGAUUCGAUCACACGGGCACUCCAAGCCGACAGCGACGAUGAUCGGCAGGCCAAACGCAAGCAGCAGACUUGA